AAGUCUAAAAAGUCUUAGCUUUUUACAGGUCAAAUUCAUGAGAAUUAGCAAGUGUUAAUAAUAAUAAUAAUAAUAAUUGUAAUUUAAUUAAGCAAUCAAUUAUAAAAGUUUGAUGAAUUUCAAGCAAGAUCUCGUUUGACACUCACACUUUGAAAUUGGUGUAAAUCUCUCCUUCCCUUUUACUUUCCCUACACGAGAUCCAAACAAAGUACUCCUCCCCUUAUUUUUUUGCUUAAUUCUUCAAUUCAAAAAACCCCUUUUUUCCCACGGUAUAUCUCCAUUACACGAACGCAACUGGAUUACUUAUCAGUCGCGUAAUACACUACACAAACGCGACUGGAUUACUUACUAGUCGCGUAUUACAUUACAUGAACGCGACUAGAUUACUUACUAAACGCGUAAAACAAUCUUCAAAUCUGGUGAAAGCUGCUGGUAGUGAUCGAUCAGGCUACCUAUAGAAGAAGCCUACUUUCUGCUGCUACUCAAAAAGGAGAAAAUCCCCUUCAACUGUUUUUGAAAGAAAUAUCAAAUCUUUGCCGUCUUUUUUUUUUUUAAAGAUAAUGGCGUCGUCGUCAAAUUCGCCGUGUGCAGCGUGCAAGUUUCUACGCCGGAAAUGUCAACCGGAAUGCGUAUUUGCGCCGUACUUUCCACCGGACCAACCGCAAAAGUUCGCCAACGUUCACAAAGUGUUCGGCGCAAGUAACGUAACAAAGCUUCUCAACGAGCUCCACCCACAUCAGAGGGAAGACGCCGUCAACUCGCUAGCGUACGAGGCGGACAUGCGGUUGCGCGACCCCGUGUACGGUUGCGUUGGUGUAAUCUCUUUACUCCAACACCAGCUCAGACAACUCCAGGUGGACUUAUCUUGUGCUAGAACUGAACUCUCCAAGUACCAAAGUUUCGCCUUCCCCACCCCCGCUACAACAUGUAGCGGCGGUGGGGGUGGCGGAGUCGGUGGCGUCGGCGGUGGGGUUUUAUCAGCUAUGGCGAGCACCGCCGCCGCUACCGCAACAUCCACCCACCACCACCACAAUCUCGGGAUAAGUCUACUCGGUAUCGGUGGUGGUGGGAGGGAUAACCACCACCAGAAUCACUUGUACUCCCACCACCAGUUUUUCCCUAGUAAUCACCAAACGGGUGGUGGCGGACUUGGGAUUAAUACUUUGAGGGGGUUUGAUAUGGCGGCGGGCGGCAGUGGAACUCAUGGUUAUGAUGGUGGUGGUCUUCUUGCUAUGAAUAUGAAUGUAUCGGCGGCAGCCAGUAUCGGGCAGCUCGGGCAGCUUCAUCAACAGCCUACUGCUAGGGCUGCCGGUGGCGAUGACCGCCGGAGUAUUGAUCCGUCUUAAUUUCUUCUAGGGUUUCUGGUUUUGUUACCAUGGUUUCUUCUCAAACCCUACCACAGGUUUUUAAACUCGGAAAAACCCAGCAGGAUUCACUAUUUUGAAAGAAAGGAGAUCAAAAAAUGAGAAACCAAGCAAGAUAGAAAGCAAAAACAAGGAGACACAUGAGAGAAAGAGGAAGUUGUCCUCAUAUACCCAAAUUAUUAAAAUCUUUGCAUUGAUUUUUUUUUUUUUUUUGCCAUAUAUUUGUACCUAGAUUAUCUUCUUUUAUUUUUAUUUUUAUUUUUAUUUUUAAUUUUAAUAUUUCUAAAUUCUGUCAUAUGUUAAGGGACAAAACAUGUUGUGGUAUUUUAAGUCUUGUCAUUUUGCUAAAAAUCGAUGAUCAUGAUCCUCCUUCAGUUUUGCAUUGCUUGGUCAUUCCCACAUUAUAUAUAC